UAACUGAUAAUCAUUAAGAGAAAUGAUCAGCAAAAAGAGUCCGGUGUACCAUGGGAUUACUAAUCAUGGAACAGGAUCAAAAACUUCCUUUAACUAAUCGGCUUUUACGGGUGAAAACAAAAUACAGUAAAUUGAUGGUGAUCUUCAGAUGCUUUGUCCUCAAUACAAAUAGUUUUCCAUAUUUGGAGAAGAGGGGAGAGAGAGCUAAAUUUAACCAAAGAUAAAAAAGCAAGAAUGUGUUCCUCGUGCCUAACCUUAACACAAGUUGUAAAAAUACCCGCGCUAAUUGUGGUCGACAGGAAAUCCCAUACUAAGUGCAAAUAAAUUAGAAGACACCUAUCAAUCGUCAAGUACUUAUCGCAAAUCACCAUUGGUAUGUUAACAUGUAGCUCUAUAGACUCAACAGUUUACAGUGAAGGCGAUGUCAAGUACAUCACAAUUAAAGCUUUUCAGAGGAUAUCACUGGACAACGUUAAAAUAACAUCUCGAGUUAUCUUGAUCCGUGUCACUGCCAGGAUUACGUUACAACAUGUGAUUUCACAAUGCGUGCUUCCGAGUCGUAGCAUGAGUGGGUAUAAAAACGGGUGCAGGGCGUGCAUAACAACUAGUGCGUUGGCCAGCGAUAACAGAGAAGAAGGCAAGAGACGAGCAAACAGCAAUCAGAAAACAACGACAGAUUCUCUCAAGUGAAGCAAGGUAUAACUCUAACUGCUUUUGGUGCAACCUUGAAAACUGGUGAACAAACGACAAUUACAGGAUGAAACUGGGAACUUUCAUUGCCUUUAGUGGAUUCUUGAUAACACAGAUAAUGUUUGUGGAUGCAAGGCCUAGACUGCCGAGCAAAUUGAAAAAGGAAAAAACGGAGGUCUUUUCAACAAGUAAGCCAGCAAGUGAAGAAAAUCAAUUUGAAGAAGGCUGGACUUUAGCUACCUUGUUCGGCAUGGGAGAACAUGACUCAGGUGAAAGCAGCCAGAGACCAAUAUCUUCAAGCCCUUUGCUAACUAGCCCUGCAGAUGCACCCAGAUCUGGUGGAGAACAAGAUGCUCACUCUGACAGCUCUGUGAAUGACACUGAUCAUCAGCAGAAAAAUAAAGGAAGAAAAAGAGUGCGAAGGCGUUGUCGUCCUGGUUAUAUCCAUCAAUGUCUGCCGACCAAAAAACCAAAACUGACUAAAAAACCAAAACUUCCCAAAAGAGCUCGUCACUGAUUUCGUUCCAAAUUUCAUAAAUGUUU